AUGAAUCGGAAUGGGCUGUUGGGCCUUGUCACCGCCGUUGUGGUCAACAGCGCGCUCGAGCAGGCCAUGGCAGACAAGGAGAUGGCGCAAAAGCAGGAGGAUGACAAGAAGAGGAAAACGGUCAAGCAGCUUCGCAAGCUCUUCAUCCGGCUUGACGAGGACGCCUCUGGACAGGUCACUAUGGAGGAGAUCGGGGGGAUCGCCGAGGAGGACAAGCAGAUGCUCUCCACGAUGUUGGGAGUGUCAGACCCGCUGGAGUUGUUCCGCGCUCUUGACACGGACGGCUCGGGUGAGGUCGACAUCGAAGAGUUUUGCAAUGGGAUUUGGCAGGUUUGCAUAUCGAAGACCCCGAUCGAGAUCAAGCGGGUGGAGAAGAUGGUUGAAGCGAUGCGACACCAGCUGCGCGUGUCAGAGAGCGUUAUGGCUGAAAUGGUCAAGGACUUGGGCAAACUGAAAGUCCAGGUCGAUGAGAAGGUCGGGCAUCUGAGCUCGAGCCAGCUCGUGGCCGUAUCAGAGGAUCCGAAGGCGGGCGGCCUCGGCUGCGCCGACGGCAGGCGGACGGAGGAGAAGCUGGCGGAGAAGCCUUCGAUCUCGAAGUCGGCCUCGAGAGGCUCGAACGGCAGCUUCCCCUGGGACCAGGCGUCCUCGAUGUCGCAGGUCCGCGCAGAUCGCGACGGCCAGCUCGCGAGCGGCAUCCAGUCGUGCGUCCGCGAGGCCGUGGGCGCGGCGCUCCGAGACCUCUGGCCCGGCGGCGCAUUCCCAGCCGCGGCCCACGGCGGCUUCGGCGCGCAGGUGAGGACGUGA